GGUGGAGGCAGCAGCAGCGGCCGCCGACGGGGGGAUGGACCACCUGAACUGGAAGCCCUUCAUCUACGGGGGCAUGGCCUCGAUCGUCGCAGAGUUCGGGACGUUUCCUGUUGACCUGACUAAGACCCGGCUGCAGGUCCAGGGUCAGUCCCAGUACACGGAGGUGCGCUACAGAGGCAUGUUCCACGCCCUCUUCAAGAUCGGCAAAGAGGAGGGAAUUAAAGCGCUGUAUUCUGGGAUUUCCCCGGCUCUGUUAAGACAAGCUUCUUACGGGACAAUCAAGAUCGGAACCUACAACACUCUGAAGAGGCUGUUUGUCGAAAAUCCAGAAGAUGAGACCAUGGCCAUCAACGUCUUCUGUGGCGUGGUGUCUGGAGUCCUGUCCUCGUCUCUGGCCAACCCCACCGACGUCCUCAAGAUCCGGAUGCAGGCGCAGGGCAGUCUGCUCCAAGGCAGCAUGGUGUCCAACUUCUACAACAUCUACCAGACCGAGGGCACCAGGGGGCUGUGGAGAGGUGUCAUUCCCACAGCUCAGCGAGCCGCCAUCGUCGUCGGGGUGGAACUUCCUGUCUACGACAUGACGAAAAAGCACCUGCUUAGCUCCGGCGCCAUGGGAGACACCAUCAUGACCCAUUUCAUUUCCAGUUUUGCGUGCGGCUUGGCAGGAGCUCUGGCCUCAAACCCCGUGGACGUGGUCCGGACUCGUAUGAUGAACCAGCGGGUUCUGUCGGGCGCCCCCAUGUACAAAGGAACCCUGGACGGACUGAUGCAGACGUGGAGGAACGAGGGCUUCUUCGCUCUCUAUAAAGGAUUCUGGCCCAACUGGCUCCGACUGGGGCCUUGGAACAUCAUCUUCUUCAUCACCUUCGAGCAGCUGAAGAAGCUUCCGUUUUAACAGGAAACAGGAAGUGGGACUGCGCUGGUCUGUGUGACUGUGUCGGGGGAGACGUGU